GGCAGGGGAGAAGACUCUUUGCAACUUUUUUUAACAUCCCUAUCUGCCCUCCCCAGGCUGCAGCAUCACCGGUACCUGUUGCCAUAGCGACAAGAAGUUAUAAAGCGCGAUGCCUGGAGAGGCCGAAGAACUCACCCAACUUGGGGACCGAGCGAACCCGUGUCCGGAGCGCUAUAACCGCCCAGGCAGCAGCAUUCUCCCCACGGUAACGCUUCCCAUAGAUGAUGCUCCGGCCCCGGGACCUGAAGCGCAGUUCGGGCACACGGACCUUCCUGGACGCCAUGCAUGGGGGCAAGGUGCACCUGGCGCGGUUUGUGCUGGACGCGUUGGAUCGGAAGAUCGUGAAUUCCCCGGCCGGGGAGCAGGGCCGGACCCCGCUCAUGUUCGCCGUGUGCCUGCGGGAGGCCGAGCUCCGGACCCGGUUCCUGCGGCUGCUGCUGGAUAAAGGCGCGGAUGUGAAUGCGCAGGACGAGGCGGGCCGCACGGCGCUCAGUCUGGCCUGUGAGCUCGGACACCUGGAUGCGGUGAAGCUGUUGGUGCAACACAACGCGGAUCCCGAACUCCCGGACCGGGCGGGGAACCGGGCGCUGAUGUACGCGGCAUCGUGUGGCCGCAGCCCCGAGCUGCACUUCUUGCUCCGCUCCUACAAGCGCUUCGGGCUCCGCCUGGAUGUCCGGAACCGGGCCGGGGUGUCCGCGCUGGAAGCGGCUCGGCUGUCCGGUAACCGGGAGUGUGAGAUGGCGCUGAGCGGCCGGGAAGCGGCCAAACCUGGGAAAGAAGGGGACGGGGCCGGGCGGAGCCCCAAGCCUCUCUCCCGGCAGGUGCUGGAGCGCUUCGCUCGGCCAUUCAGGAAAGCGGAGGAAGAGGAGAGACCUGCCCGGGCGGUGCUGAAUCGCUCCUCCAGCUGCGCCCCUGUAGCCCCCCAGCAGCAGCCCCCCGCCGCAUGGAGGCAGAAGUCCCUCCCGGAGAAGGAGCUGCUGGAGGUGCCGGGCUCGGCCUUGCUCGGGGCGCACACCUGGGACGGGCAGCAGCGCAGGGGCGGGGCUUCUCAGUGCGGCCGGCUGCUCCGCAGGGUCACAUCCCCCGACUUCUACCAGGGGCUCCCUACUGGCAUUAUACCCGGGUACCCUGGGGGCAUGAGGCGGGACAGCAACUGCAGCCGGAGCCAACUCAUCCUGCCCAGCAGCCGGCAGCCUCUAGUCCAGUGAUGGCUCCCAAGGGAACUCUCCCAGGGUGGGAACUGGCACCUCAGGGACACAAUGAUGCCCCAGGAACAAGCACCGCUUUAUAGACUGGCAGAGACUCAUGCUGAGCAGUCUGGUGGGGGGCAAAUAGAAUGGAAAUUGAUGGGGGUAUUUACCCUUGGAGACUGUCACCUGCUGAACAAAUAUCUGCCCUGAGGGACAGGGACUAAGGGAGAAGCAGCUAACUUAGGUCUGGCCUAGAGAAUUGGGACCAGGCUGUUUAAUGUGGGUCACCAGGAUGCAGGGAUAUGUUCUACACCUGCACUGUAUCCCCUAUUUGUACACUGUGGAGAUUACAAUGAGCUGGAACUCCACAUCUUAUUGUAAGGUCUAAUUAUUGGCUUGCUGCCCCCCCCCCCAUUGAGGGAAAUGUUAUCUGGUGCUCAAGUAUAUUGCUGAGGAGUCACUGAAGUGGCAGAAAUGACCCCAAGGCCUGGCCCCCACAAUAGAACCGGAGUUAAGCCAGUAAUUUGCUCUCUAAUACAAAGACCUUUUCUUUACAGGACUACAAACUACUUUGCAUCUAGAGGGGCACUAACAGCCCCAAGGGGAUGGACGCUCUGUCGACUGUCAGUUUUUGGCAAAAUGAAGGGAGGCUGCCUGAUGGCCAAUAGACAAACCAACCAGUUCUUACCAUUAUAUGCUUCCAAUACUCAGACUGGCCUGCCCGUGUAUAAGUACUGACCUAUCUCACACGCAGGAACACUCCAUGUGUCUGGGAGCCAUUUGACCAAAACACAAGUCAGUCAUGUGGGGAAAUGAUUUUUCUGUUGUAAUGAUAAAAUACUCUGGUAUUUCUGACAACUGGUCACAUUUAAUAGGCCACAACCAUAUCUAUGUAAGAGUCUCUAUGUGGAAAGUUCACUUAUUCUAAGCAAAGGAUUCUCUCAUAUUGGCACCCCCAGUGUAUUACCCAUUCCAUGUCCUUUAAUAUAUAUAAGCUUUCCUAUUCCUGCAACUGAAAAUACUUUCUGGUUGUCAUGGUCGCUGAACCUGGCAACCAGAUUGACAGUAAGGUUCAGUUUUAUUGAUACUCUUGUUAUUGUUUGUUUUUUUGUGCAAGAAUUCUACCAUUCUAACACUUAAUUUCAAAGUGAACUGUCCCUUUAAGGUAGCCAGAUUAUAGGAAAGAAAAAUCAUGCAUACAGUGCAGCCCCGCAGCUAGCAUUUAUUAGAAGGACCCCUGAUUUUUCCCAUGAUCCAGAAGCCUGACUCUAGCUUACUGCUAAUUAUGAAAAAAACCCUGUUUACAUAACCUGCCCUUAAUUCCCAAACAUGUCUAUGGAAGAAGCCUCUGUGGGCCAGAAGGGUGGUUGUUUAUGGAAAAUAUAAGCACUGUUGCACCCGUGGUGUCUCCCUCACUGCUGUUCACUAACAGUCAUCCAAAAGCUCUGAGUGGGUGGCUUCCUAUUGAUUCCAGUGGGGAAUCUUAGUGCUAUACCUGUGGCCCCUGAUAUGGCACCCAGGAAGGUUCCAUUACUGUAACCAGGGAUCUGCAGUGGUAGGUGCCACCUCCCCAGCCCUACAAUACAGAGCUACCUGGAUCAGCAGUUCCAUCAUGCCCUAAAAAAAAUAAGCCUUUUGGAUUGCCUGUGGCUUUAUGAUGCCAUUAAACCUGUGCUAUGUUUUCAUGUCUAGACCUUUUUAAUUCCAAUUAUUCUGUAAAAGUGUUAAACUCUAAUAAACACACCUUUAUAUAAGAGUAA